AUGGCGGCCGCCUGGCGCCGUUCUGUUGUUCUAUUUGGGGAGAAAUUUUCUCAAAUUUCAUCAAAAAUAGCUCUCCCAGACAAGCUGAAAGGUGGACGGAUAGAGAAAGGAGUGAACUACCUCAAACUCAUACGGGAUGACUACAAGACAGCUUUGCAAGACGGCGUUGUGGAUGCGAAGGCAAGACCCUACAAAGCAGCUGUGUACGGUGCAGGUGAGAACCCUUCUUCGCCGAAGAUAUCGUUCUCGUAUGGAAGACAGAUUCAUGUUGUGGCGGUGACCAGCGCUGCGAUCGCUACGAACCCCAGCAUGGAUACUUUCCUGGAUCAGCGGAUCGAGUGGUGCAACGAAAUGGCCCUCGUGGGGAAGGCGACCCGCAACCGGAUCUCUGAAGAUCAUUUGAGAGAAAUUAACAGAUUACUCAAUCAGAAGCGGCUGGAAGUGUACGAUCUCAUCGUCUGUUCCUUGCUGAUACGUGAAUCUCAAGACCCGCAAUGCGAACUGUAUCCAGCUCAGUGCUCGUUCCUCCAGCCGACUUAUUUCGAAAUGUUGACAGAGAGAGUUGUUGAUUUCGGCGCUUUCGGUCGGUGGUGGUUGAUAGAUCGAAUGAUGAGAGACUAUGACGUCAACGACGAAGAAAUUCGAGCUUCAACCUUGGCUCACCGAUUCUGA